CCACAACUACACUUACCACUAGGAGCAACCCAAACAUUACACCUUGUAUGUGUCGGCAAGUCAGAACAAACAACCAUAAGAUAUUUUCCAUCACUUUCCCGAGAAAAUAUAUUAUAAACCAACUCUGUGUAUAUUCUACGUGAAAAAUGAUGAAACCUGGGCAUAGCAAUGUAUUAAUGUACGGUGCCAAGAGAAUGAGUAGUACCAGUAGCCGUACCAGUACUAGUACGUCGUCAUCUUCUAAUGAAGAAGAGUGGGAGAUGAGACCCGGUGGCAUGCUGGUUCAGAAACGUGACCAGAGCGUCGCCGCCGCUGCUCCGGCGACGAUUCUGCGGCUCCGAGUUGCUUAUGGUGCGCUAAGAUACCACAUUUCAGUCAAUUCUCUCGCAACUUUUGGGGAAUUGAAGAAGCUUCUGAUGGUAGAGACAGGGUUACAGCCUGAAGAACAGAGGGUAUUAUAUAGAGGAAAAGAGAGGGAAAAUGGAGAGUAUUUAGACAUUUGUGGAGUCAAAGAUCGAUCAAAAGUGACACUAGUUCAGGAUCCAGCAAGCAUCGAAAGACGAUACAUCGAAAUGCGUAAAAAUGCCCGGAUUCAAACCGCUCAUCGCGCCAUUUACGACAUAACCAUGGAGGUCGACAAGCUCGAUGAUCAGAUAUCUGCAAUUCAAAAGACGAUCUCAAACGGAACUAAGGUGCCGGAAGUUCAGAUUACGACGUUAAUCGAGAUGCUGAUGAGACAAGCGAUUAAGUUAGAUAACAUUUCUGCAGAAGGAGAUGCUUCUGCUCUCAAAAAUCUGCAGGGAAAGAGGGUGCAAAAGUGUGUGGAAACACUAGAUGUGCUGAAGAUAUCAAAUACAAAAGUAAAGGCUGAGGCUGUUGUUGUCACAGCUAAAUGGGAGAUUUUUGAAGCUCCUCUGGUCUCAACUCAAUGGGAGAUUUUUGAUUAAUUUUUUUUCCCCAACAGUUUUAAUUUUCUUAUUUUGCCCAAGAUUUCACAUGUAUAUCUAUUUAGCUCUAAUUAAACAUAUAUAAAGUGAGCUUUUCCACUUCUUUAA